UCAGACUCUGCGGGUUUAGUUUAGGUAUUCAUUCUGGUUUCUGGGGUUUGUUUAGGUUCUGUAAAGAUUUCUGAGAUGAUUAAAGUCGGAUUAUUUAUUCAGCUCGUUCUCCUGACUGCUGCAGAUGAUUCCCUGGUGAUCGAACCCUCCAGGCUGGUGGUGGAACAUGGAUCUCGAGCCUCAGCCAACUGUUCCAGUAAGAGAAGGCCUACAGGAAUAGGCUGGGAGGCCUCAGAGGGACAGGUGGACAUGACGACUGGAGUCCAGUUCCUCACGUGGACGGUGGAGAAACUCACACAAUGGGAUAUAAAACCGUUGUGCUAUGCUAACUUUGAGACAGAGCAGGAGACGGUGCCACUCCCAGUUACGGUUUACAAGAGUCCGGACAGCGUGUCCAUCAGUUUUCGGAAGCACACGGGAGCAGUGAUGGAGGGGACCGUCUACACCCUCCAGUGUGACAUCAAGAACGUCGCUCCAGUUCAGAAUCUUACAGUAAACUGGUACAAACACCAGUCAGUACUGGACCAGGCCACCUUCACCAAUUCCACCAAGACUCCAGUAAGUACCUCUGCUGACCUCCAGAUCAAACCCAGCAGAACUGAUGAUGGAGAGACGUUCCGCUGUAAAGCAACACUAGAACUGGGACCGGACGGACCUCAACCUCCUCCUACGGUGACCUCCGACCCUCUCAGCAUUACCGUGCACUAUAAACCCGAGUUCUCUAAUCACACAGAGACGAUUAAACAGACCGGAAACGUGAUCCUGAAUUGUACGGUGACGUCUCAACCCCCUCCCGUCUACACCUGGAGCUUAGGAGAUCUGAACCUGAACCAUUCUUCAUCUGUUUACUCGUCUUCCUCUCUGAGAUCAGGAAACUACACCUGCACCGCCGCAAACUCUCUCGGCUCCGCUAAGAAACUCUUCAUCGUUGAGGGUAAGAAUGGCGCGCCUCCCGGCGUUACCGUGAUGAAUGCGCUGGUGAUAUUGGCGGCUGUGCUGAGUGUAGUAGUAGUGGAAUAGAAUUCAUGCCCUUCAUACCCAUCUAAAGAAGAACCUCAGCGUUAGCCUCAGCUGAUGAAAAUAAUUCAGUACAAAGAAUCAUCAAGUCUCGUAAAUUAAACGAUUCUGAAACAGGACGCUGUCCACAGUCGAGCAAGCUUUACCUUAAAGCUCGAUGAGGUUUUUAUUGAAGCAGCAGGAGCGUCUCUUUGCAUGCCAGCUUCUACACAAUGCUGCAAACAAGGGAAUUCUUUUUUUACUGUAGAUACACUAUGUGGACAAAAGUAUUGGGACGCCACUUCUAAUUACUGAAUUCAUGCAUUUCAGCCACAGCAGUUACAAACCGGUGUAAUAAAUCAACCAUAUUAAUACAAUGAUAUGCUUCCGACUUUGCAGCAACAGUUCAGGUGUCCAAAUACUUUUGGCCAUAUAGUGUAAAUUACAGCUGUAAUUGAUAAGAACAGUGUUGAUGUGUUUGUAAAAUGAAAGUUCAUGAUUAAAGGAUUAAAGUUAAAAAUGUGAAA